UAAUCUCUUUAAAUCUCUUCCAGUCUCUUUUUCUUUGAAUUCAUAUCACUCUUUAAUUCCUUCAUUUAUAUCAUUAUUAUUACUUAUAAAUAACGUAAUUGAAGAUGUAAACAAUAUUUUAAAAUAUUUAAUCAUAUGCUAUUUCUCUUGUAUGUUAUUUUGCACGUAUGCACAGGUGAGAUGGCGCUAGAACUUAUGUUUUUUGCGGUUUAUCAGUUUACCAUGAUUCGUUGUUGUAUGUUGAACGAGCAAUAUCUGGCUUAUUUUUAUCGUAAUAUUCGAUAAAAAUAUUAUACGUAUUAUAUUUUAGCGUAAAUGUCAGAGCAAAAUGUGUUUAGUUAAUCAAUCGCUUCGAACUUAAAAGAUGUCUUUUACACACUUAUGGAGACUAACACUUCAUUUGUUAUGUAUAAUUUCAUUCAGAUUUCCAUUCAUCGAUAGCGGCGAUAUCAAACAGUUAACGUUUUGUGAACAGAAAUCAUCUCGCAGUUUGUUAUUUGUAAGUACGUUGGAUGGGAAGAUAUCUGCCUUAGAUGCUAACAAUCUUGGGGAGAAACAAUGGACAUUAGAAUUUAAUGAACCUAUGCUAUCAUCAAAUAUUCAUCAUAGAGAACUUAAUAAUAAUGGAAAAUGGGUUCGUCUAAUUCCAUCUUUAAGCGGUGGAUUGUAUCAAUUUGAUGAAGAAAGUUUAGAAGCAGUACCAGUAUCUGCAAGCCAGUUGUUGCAUUCAUCUUUCCGUUACUCUGAUGAUCUAAUAUUCUCGGGUGGUAGAGAAGUAAAAUCAUAUGGUGUUUCAAGCAUAACAGGGAAAAUUUUAUAUGAAUGUGGUAUCAGUGGUUGUAUUAACAUCACAGAUGGAGAAACAUAUAUCAAACAAGAAGUGAUCAUUGUUCAAAGAUUUCAACAAACUGUAAGAGCAGUUGAACCUCGUACUGGUAUUGAGAGAUGGAACUUCAGUGUAGGGCAACAUGACUUAGUACUUGUUCCUUAUUCUGAUAUGUAUUGCCAAAAUAAAGUAACACCUCAUAGUUUAGAUAUUGAAAUUAAAGUUACUGUACCUGAUGGUUUGGUUUGGGCUGUUAAUAAGAAUGACCCUACCGUGAAAUUGUGGCAAUAUAAGUUUGAUUCUCCAGUUGUUACUAUAUGGCGUGAAGAUGCAAGUACAAAAGGCAAUGGGUAUAAAAAUUUGAAGGAAAUUAAUUUAUUUGAUAGUACACAACGGUUUUGGAGUACAGAUUUUUCAGCUAGUCCAGCACUUUAUUUGGGCAUGCACAACAGGCAGUUAUAUGUACAAGAAAAUACAGAACUCUAUAAAUCAUUAGAUGCAUCACCAAGGUAUAUGCAGCAUACGAAAUAUCCAUGGCAACCUCACCCUGCUAUUGCUCUUUCAGAUCAUUCAAUAAACAAUAAUAAGGAAGACGAUGUAUUAUUUGAAAUAACUGAUGCCCAAAGCAUCACUGCAUUGUCAGUUUUAUAUAAUUCGGAAUAUGUAAAUGGAAAUGGAUUUUAUUUGUAUUCAACAGAUCAGUUAGAAUUGGACAAUAACAAACAAUGUAAUCAUACUACUUCAAAUUUGAUGGUUAUCAAAGAAGAACGGAAAUCGUUUAAGGAAAAUAAUACUCAAGGAGAGGAUGAGGAUACUCCUGUUCAAAUUAUCAUUGUAUCAUUAUGGUAUUGGUGGAAGGAAGUUUUAAUAAUAUCUAUUACUACUGCGAUUUUAUUAAAUUUUAUGUUGACACAACGUCUAUUAAAUGCUACAACAGUUGCUAAAGAUGCAGCGUUUCCGCCUUUAAUAGUUGAAAGACAUAUAGAGACAAAUAAAAAUAACCAACCUACUGAUGAAAAGGAAAUCGAUAAUUUUAAAUCACGUUAUCUCACAGAUUUUGAACCAGUGGAUUGUUUGGGAAAAGGUGGUUAUGGUGUUGUUUUUGAGGCAAAAAAUAAAAUAGAUGAUUGCAAUUAUGCUAUUAAAAGGAUUGCUCUACCAAACAGUACAUAUUCAAGAGAACGUGUAAUGCGAGAAGUAAAAGCAUUGGCUAAAUUAGAUCAUCAAAAUAUUGUAAGGUACUUUAAUGCAUGGCUCGAGUGCCCACCCUUAGGAUGGCAAGAAAAACAUGAUCCUCAGUGGAUAAACAAGAUUACAUUGCCAAACUUAGAUUUUACUUCAGAAGAAAUUCAUACGGAAACAAAAAUGAAUAAUUCUGUUUGCAUUAAUGUCAAUCAGACUGAUCAAUCAUCGAUAGAUAGUGCUUGUGAGGCCUAUGAAUUGAAUAAUGAUUCGAAUGACGAUUCCUUUAUUGUGUUUGUAAAAUCCCAAUCAGAAAGUCAGGAUGAAAAUCUUGUUAGUAUCAGUAACUCUACUACUAAGAGUUCUAGUUCAUCUCAUUCCAGUAACAGAGUUGAAAAAGUAAAGUCAAAAGCUACUAAUCGUUCAUAUUCUGAAAGCAUUAUAUUCAAAGACACUGGCAGUAGAGUGCCAGGAAAAGAAGUGAAGAAAAAACGCCAAAGAUCAUUUUCUUUAGAUCUGAAUAAUAAGUCGAAUACACGUAAAUCUCCAAAAAUGUUCCUUUACAUACAAAUGCAAUUGUGCCAAAGGUUAAGUCUCAGAGAAUGGCUAAAAAUGCAGUCAAUACGAGAUUAUCGUCGUGUAUUAAACAUAUUUCAGCAAAUAGUUGAUGCUGUGGAAUAUGUUCACUUACAAGGACUUAUUCAUCGUGAUUUGAAGCCUUCAAAUAUAUUUUUCUCUUUCGAUAAUAAAAUAAAAGUUGGAGAUUUUGGCCUUGUAACUGCAAUAACAGAAGAUUACAAUGAAGCUCAUACUCCUUCAGAGAACGAAGACGUUACAUUUAGAAAUAAUUUACAUACCGCAUAUGUCGGUACUCAUCUUUAUAUGUCUCCUGAACAAAUAAAUGGUCAGGGCUAUAAUUAUAAGGUCGAUAUCUAUUCUUUAGGAAUUAUUUUAUUUGAACUCCUCAUUCCAUUUGUUACUGAAAUGGAAAGAAUUGUUGCCCUUAUAAACUUAAGAAAGUCAGUGUUUCCAAAAGAUUUCAGUAACGAUUAUCCGGCCGAGUACAAUUUGUUGAACAUGAUGUUAGAUGAAAAUCCUAGUAAAAGACCUACAAUAUUAGGCAUUAAAGCAAAGCCACCAUUAUUAAAUUAUGAAAUAGCUAAUAACUAACUGAGGACUCAGUAUAGAUGAAGAUACAAAAUUGCAUUUUGAAUUGUCUCAAUUAACACAACAUUCUUCUGUGAUUAGUAAUGGUAAUAGUGAAUCCUGAGAAACAAAUUGAAUAAUUAUAUUCUCAUAAUUAGUUGAAAUAUAAAAAAAGAUGUAGCUAUACGUCCUGUGUAAUGUAUUUAUAUAUUAUCUUAUAUUUUUUAAUAUUAUUGUAAAUUUUAACGUUAUGUUAACAGGGGUACUUGCUUGCCUUGUUUUAUUAUAAAACAGCAUUUAUUCGGAAUUACCUGAACGAACAUCAAUUCACGUAAACAAUACAAAGCGUGAAAUAAAUUUAUGAUUUUUUGGUAAAGAUUCAUAUAUUGGCUGUUUUGUCUUAUAUUAAAUAAUUGACGCAACAUUUUUUGCUAUAUUGUCUUUAAACUGUAAAUAUAAGCUGCCAUCACUGUAAGACAAUACUUGUAUAAAUAUAUUUUUUAUAUUAA